AGUAGGUAAUUACUUCCAGAUUUACUUUGUUUUUAUUUGCAAAGAUAACCUCAUAAAUACCAAAUAAUAUUAAUUUUAGAGAUCCGAAGAAAGUAAUUACUUCCUAAUUUGCCCCGAUAAUUUCAUUAAUACCGAAUAUAUUAAUUUCAAAAAUUUUAAGAAGGUAAUUACUUUCUGGUUUACCCUAAAAAUAUCAUAGAAAUCUUGUAAUAGCAUGGAACUAUAUAUACUAAGGUUCCCUAACUAAAGAUCAUUGGCUUCUCUCUUUUGCUUUCUCUCUUUUCAUGUCAUAGAAAUCCAAACAAAAGUGAUGAAUCAAUCAAUCUCAUUGCUUUCUCUCUUUUCAUCAAUCCUCCAUGUUUUUCUUGUUUUGAACUUGUAUGGGGGAAUUACUGUGAAUGGAGAUAUAGUCAAAACAUUUUGUAAGAGUGAAUCGAUAGUUGAUCCCUCUCUAAAUUAUGACUUUUGUGUUUCAUCUCUCGAAGCCAACCCUCUUAGCAAAACUUCUGAUAUUUUCGGACUUGCUGUAAUAUCAAUGGAUCUUUCUUUGAAGAAUGCAACUUAUAUUCAUACAUAUAUUGAAGGAAUUUUGAAGGAUGUAAAACAAGAACCGACAGCUAGGAUGUGUCUAAAGGAUUGUAUGGAAUUUUACUCUACUGCUGUAAAAGAUCUUCAAGAAGCCGUGGAAGCAUUUAAUGGUAAAGAUUAUUAUGAUGCUCUCAGACUUGUGAGCGAUGCCGGGAUCGAUGCACGUACAUGUAAAACUGGGUUUACAGAACUUGGUGUUGAUUUUAGUCUAUUAGAGAAACAAGAUUAUAAUUUCUAUCAGUUAACUAACAUUUGCCUAGAUAUAAUUGCAAAAAUAUCCGAUUCAAAAGUUUAAGAUUUGAAGUAAUAAAGAAGUUUUAUAUCAUAGUCAUAGAUUUUGGAAUUUUCUCAUUAUUUUUUUGGUGUAGUUACUUCUCUUGAUGUGAUAUGAAAACUUACCUUGAAUUAUGUCAAAA